UUUCUACCGGAAGUCCCCAAACUCCGGCGAGAACGAACUUCCGGUAGCUGAAAACGAGCCAAAAUCGAGACGAGCUAAGACACAAAACUUACGAAAAAUCACGAAUUAUCCCAUAAACGCAGAGCAGCUGCAGAUAUGCUUCCUUUAUCACUUUUGAAGACGGCCCAGAAUCAUCCCAUGCUGGUGGAGCUGAAAAAUGGAGAAACGUACAACGGGCACUUGGUGAGCUGCGACAACUGGAUGAACAUCAACCUGAGAGAAGUGAUCUGCACGUCCAGGGACGGAGAUAAGUUCUGGAGGAUGCCGGAGUGUUACAUCCGCGGCAGCACCAUCAAGUACCUGCGUAUCCCGGACGAGAUCAUCGACAUGGUGAAGGAGGAGGUGGUGUCCAAGGGCCGAGGACGAGGAGGAGCGCAGCAGAACAAACAGCAGGGCAAAGGCAGAGGAGGCCCGGGCAGAGGCGUGUUCGGGGGUCGUGGUCGGGGCAUGAGUGGACCGGGCCGAGGGCAGCAGCAGCAGCAGCAGCAGGAGAAGAAACUGGGAAAACCACAGGGAAUGAAGAACCGGGACUGAACCAGGACUCGACCGGGACUAAACCUGGACUAAACCUGGUCUGUGUACAGCGCCCCCUACGGCCCCGAGCACUGCAACUACAACUCCAACUCAGAACCCACAAAAACCAGAGUCUCAGUUUUUGUUUUCUCGUUUCACCUGUAAAUAUCGCUGAUAUUUUAAGACCUGAAAUCACAAACGAUACUUUCUUUUUUAACUUUAUUUUUAAUCGUUUGUCCAAAUAUCUCCUCGUGUUAUUCUCUGUUAUAGAAACGACUCUGCUCGGGCUUUGAAAACAUCGUAAAACCUCAAAUUAAAGCCUCAUUACCUUCGUUGUCGUCAGAAAUAUCAGCGUAAAGACGUUUAUGUUGGGGGGAAAAAAAACAUAUUAUAGAAAAAUCUCAAAAAUCGAUCGUGCUGCUUGAGUUUAAUUUGACUUUUGUAACUAAAAAAGUGUAAUUUAUUUACAUUUCUGCAAAAUAAAUCACCUUUUGUUAAAACGCUG